AUGUCGCGCCCAUUCCCAUACACCUUCAUUUCCUGUCCAUGUGCAGACACGCCGGUUCCAGAUCCUGCUCGCAAGCGGAGGUCUCGAGAGUCUCCUCGCAAACCCACUGCCGAGCCGCCAACAGACCCCGACCACCACAAGUCAAAUACACAACAAGCGGAUGAAGUUGGGCAGAGCGACGAGGAAGACGACGAGCAAACGUUUGACCCCCGAUCGCCUCGCUCGAACUUUUCGCUGUAUCCACCUGAGCAGUUGUUGUACUGCGAGGAUUGUCACCAGAUCAAAUGUCCACGAUGCAUCACCGAAGAAAUUGUGAGUUGGUACUGUCCCAAUUGCUUGUUCGAGACUCCAAGCAGCAUGGUGCGCAGUGAUGGUGGUCGUUGCGGCCGGAAUUGUUUCAAUUGUCCUAUCUGCACGGCACCCUUGACUGUGAGCACGAUUGAGAGCGUGACCGGCAACGCAAGCGGUCAUGGCCCCUGGGUACUCUCAUGUGGCUACUGUAUGUGGACGACGCUUGAUAUUGGCAUCAAGUUUGAUAAACCCACCAAUAUCCGCGCCCAAUUGCAAAAGAUGACCGACUCAUCCCCGGCCACUGGCUACGAUGCUAGGUCACGUCAGGGCUCGCGAGCAUUUGCGGAUUUAAAAUCCCCCUUGUCAAACUUCGCAUCCAUUGACGAGCAGUCUGCGGCGACUGAGCGGGAAGCCGAGCGAGAGGUAUCCAACGAAGAUGCCUCGUCCAUCCCUCAGCUAGGUGCAGAAGCUCGCUUUGCUGCACUAAAGAACUUCUACCGAACGCAAAUUUCGGAGACGUCCAACUCACCCAACGAUCCCCUUAGCUCCGAGUUUGGAUUCUCCUCGCCGGGGGCCUUGAACCGGCUCAUGUCUCUGUACGCUUCAUCGUCUCGUCUUAGCGGACUCUAUGGCGGUAACAAGAAACAAAAGUCCAAGCCACCCGUCAUGCGCGAGGCCCUGACGGCUGCCGAGGGUUUACGCAUCGGCUCUGGAGACUCUGACACGGCGAUCAUCGAGCGUAUCGCUUCGGCCGAGUGCGGUUGGGAUGGCGUGGCUUCAAUGAGCCAGCGGACAGACCAAUCGCCCGACGUCCGCUUCGUGGACGAACUCCUGCCGCUUCCUGCGCUUUUGCGCACGAAACGUGCCAAGCGCUGCAGGUCAUGCAAGCACAUCCUCGUCAAACCAGAGACCAAGCCUCAGUCCACCCGGUUCCGAAUCCGCCUCAUUGCUCUGAGCUAUAUCCCUCUCCCCACGCUCCGACCCCUGGCUCAACCUGCUAUGUCUCCCGUGACACCGACGGCGUCAACCCCGGACUUGAAUGCGCUUUCACCAUUACGAACAUACCACGUCCUUCUCACUCUCAAGAACCAUAUGUUUGAUCCCGUCCGCAUCACCCUUGCAACGCCCUCCGUGACACCAGGCUCCGUCGCGACCAAGGUCACCGUUCUUUGUCCCCAAUUCGAAAUCGGCGCCAACAGCGACGUCUGGGUCGAGGCACUUCAGAAUGCCACGGCUCCCUUGAGCGAUCGGAUUUCGAGCAUGCGUGGCGGAGAAAAAGUUCCCGAAGCGGGCAAAGUCUGGGAAAAGGGUCGAAACUGGACGACAGUCGUACUGGAAGUGGUUCCGGGGACUUUGCCAGGUAUGAAUACCGAGGACGGCGAGACCGAAGUCGAUCCUGGGAAAGCUUUGACGCUGCAGAACGACGAGGAUAUACUCGAGAUCCCGGUCUUUGUGCACAUGGAAUGGGAUGCCGAGGCUCAGCUGGAACAGCAGAAUGUUGGAAAGGCUUCGAAGCCGGAUGACCUUGUCGCUCGCGAAUUGGCUUACUGGAUGGUUCUUGGUGUUGGUCGAAUCCAACCUUACUAG